AUGCCUUUUCGUUCUCGUUGUAAACCAAAUGAUGUACCAUUCUUUCGUGUCAUUGUUGCAUUUCGUUCAAUGUUGACAAUCAAUCGUUAUUGUCAUUCACAAAAAAUCUUCGAUUUACUACGUUCAAAUUUUUGUUUAUUAAAAAGUUUUUUACCAAUAAUUUUGCAUGAAGUAACAACAGACAAAGAAUUUAUUUUAACUAAUGACAUUUCUACAUCAAAAACAGUCGAUAGUGGUGUUUAUUUGGCUUUUCUUAAAUAUGAUGAUGCGAAAUAUCAACCGUUGAUGGAUUUAAAAUUAGUACCGAUAGAAAUUUUUCCCGAGAAAACGUUUCUACCUAAAUCUAUACCAUUUAUUAUCUUUGAAAUAGAACCAUUUGUAAAAGCAUUAAAUAAUAUGAUUGAUUAUAUGAAAGAAUAUGAAAAAACAAAGCUGAUGUGUCAAAAACAUACAAAUAUGAAAAAUGACUCACAUAAUCAUUCACCACUAAAUAGUAUUAGUCAAUUAUCCACGUCAAAGCGUAGUUAUCAUACAAGAAAUACUAAUAUUCAAAGGUCAUCGUCGAUAAUAUCACCUGAUUUAAUUUCAACACCUUUAUCAACUAUUGCUCCAGUAUAUGUUAAUAAUGAUGUUGACAUUCGGAAAUAUACGGUUACUGAUUCAGAAAGAAUUAAUUCUCUGUCAUUUACUUUUCGUGUACUAAAUCGAAAAGAACAAAUGAUUUACCAAAAAGCGAUAAGUAAUCAAAUAUUAUUUCCACCAAUUAAAAAUCUCUAUGCGAAUAAACUAUCUGAAUUCAAUGAAAAUGAAAUUGUCCUUUUUAAACAACGUCUCUUGUCACUUAACGUUGACUCGUCAUUAAAAUUAGAAUUAAAAAAUUGUAUACAUCAACUAGCUAUUGAAAAUAAACUUGAUAAAACAGAAUUUUGUGAUUUACUUAUGAAAUUAGAUCAUCAGGUAAUCAAUAAUCAAUUACAUAAUAACGAUAUAAUCAAAAUAAUAAAAGAAUUACAAGAAGUAGCAUCUAGUCAUAGACAAAAAACAUCCUUAAAUAAAAUAUCAAAUGUAAUGAAAGUACUCUUCAGGAUCGAUUAUUUAGAAAAAUUUAAUAAAUUAGAUAAACAAAAAAUUAAUUUAUUCAAUCAACGAAUAAAUCACUUAGCACGCAUGGGUAUAUUAAAUCAACAGUCAAGAAUGUUUAAAAAACUUUUUCAACUUGAUCUCUUUCAACAUGAACCAAGUCAACAAGCGUUCUCACAAUUUAUUGAUGAGGAUUUACAACAUAUUAUUCCAAAACCUAUACCACUCAAUAAUUUAGGUCGCAUAAAAGAAAUUAUUCAUCAACUUCAACUCAAUAUCGACCGUUUAGGUCCGAUAACGACAUGUAUCCUUAUUGAUAAUGUUCAACAAUUAGUUCAAUCUGGUUUACUAUUAACUUUAUAUAAAGUACCACAAGUAAAACGAUGUCUAAUACAAUUUGUCGAAUAUAUACAAACAGGUCGAUUUGUUGGAAUUCAUCUUCAACGUCUCAUUGAACAAAUCAAUCCAAUGAAAAAAGUUUCAUUUACGAAUCAAUUGAAUAUUUUAUUACAAAAUACUAAAAGAACAACAUCGACGUAUAGUUCUAAUGAAUUAAUUUCUCUGCUAAUGAAUUUAGCUUGUAAAGGGCAAUUAAAUACAUAUGAUUAUGUUCUAACAAAAAAACAUUUAUCAACAACAAUCUUUGAACAAAUUGAUUUAGACGAUAAUAGUCUUCAAUCAAUCAUUAAUUUUCUUUAUGAACAAUCAUCUCUAGCAUCGCCGAUGGGUCAUAUACCUUUUGAAUAUGUUAACAAUUUUAUUCAGUAUCUUCGACAUUUUGCACAGUUAGGCAUUCUCUAUGAACCACAAGUAUACAAUAUAUUAACUGAUUUGCAUAAAUCAAAAGAUCAAAAUCAUAUUACUCUAGAAACAUUUAAAACUAUGUUAGAACAUAUAAAAAAUGUUCAUUAUGUGUAUGCUUAUAAUCAUUUGAAUUUAAUGGAAUUCGAUAACUUUUUAAAUGAUAUGAUUUCUAAUGGUCAUUUAACAUGUGGUCAAGCAUGGCUCAUAUUGGAUCAUCUAAUGAAUUUAUGCCGAAUAGAACCUAUUACUAACUACGAUAUAAAAACAAUUCUUAUCAAUAUUCAACUUGAAUAUAAUCGCCAACAAUCAACUUAUCUAAAACUAAUCGAUUGUCUACAAUCUCUUGCUGCAUCGUAUUCAAAUUCUUUAGCUGAAAUUCAUUCUUUAGAACGAGAAUUACAAAGUCUACUCGUAUCAUCUCAUAGUGCAAUAAAACGAAUUCCAGAUGAAAUUCGAAAACGUUUAAAUGAUUUGAUAUUAUUUUGUAAAAAGCUUAGUAACGAUCCUAAAUUACUCGAACAAUUAUUUGGUCAAACGAUGAAUUAUAAGUUUUAUAAUAAAAUGAAAGAAAUAUUAGAGACAAAAAAUUUUCUUAGUAGAAAACAAUCUUUAACUGCUAUUGUACAAAUGCAUAAACAUUUUCUGAAAAUAUCAAAUUUAAAUUUAAAUAAUAUUUUAUCGGCUCAUGAGUUAGAUAAAAUCCUUGAACAUAAAUAUUUUCAACAAGACAAACAUGUUCAAGAAAGUAUAAAACAUAUGGCUGAACUUGGAUAUUUACAAGACAAAUCGUUUGUGAACUAUUUACUAAAUGAAUAUUUUCUAUCGAACGAAUUCUCCUCUUGCUCGAUAGAAAAAUGUCAUGAAAUUCAAAUGAAACUUCAAUCAUGGCCGUUAACUUUAGAUUACAAUCAUUCACAUGUUCGGCUAGUCAUCGAACAUUUAAUUCAACUUGAACAACAAGACAAAAUUGAUACAGGUACAUUAAUUGAAAUACAAAAUAGACUCAAUCGAUUAGCACGUGUCGGUAAAUCUUCUUUACCGCAGAUCAAAUUUAUCAUUGAUGAAAUUCAUAAAAGUCAAGGUAAAACAAAUCUAUUUGAUAAAAAUGGUUUUCAAUCAAUUCAAUCUUAUCGUUUAAUAUUACACGAUAUUACUUGUGCCAUCGAAUUGGAAUUCUAUAUUCAACAAUUGACCUCUGAAUAUAAACUACCGGAUAAUUUCAAUUAUCGUUUUCGUCAUUUUUUAUAUCAAAUUUUACAAAAUGAAUUAUUCACCAGUGAACUUAUUCCUUAUCGGUUUCAAUUAGAAAAAUUUCAUCAUCUACAACAAAUCGAUAUUGAUCAAAUAAAGAAAUUUAUUGAUUUAUUACCAAAAGAAGUUUAUGGUAUAUAUCCAUUAACUUUAACUGAUAAAUUGCUAGAAAGACUCAAAUGGGAUGGGAAAACAGUGGAUAAAUCCAUGCGAGAUCCAUUAUUAAAACUUGAACGUUGUGGUGCUUUAUCACAAGAUAAUUUCGAAGAUAUCUAUAAUAGUCUUUAUCGUACAGCAGACGUUUCUCAACUUUCAUUUCAACAAACUAAUAAAAAUCAACUUCUCAUUGAUCUUUUCGACAAAAUAAAUGAUUUACUUCAUGAUAAUAUCAUUGAUUUACAGAAAUCGAUUGAAAUAAAAGAACAAGUAUAUUUUCUUGAAGAGGUCAUUGAUUUAACGGAUCUAUCACAAAUAAUUACAUUUCAAUCACGUCUUUUAAAUUCAUCAAAUCAAAAUGAUUUUCUUAAGAUUUGUGAAGAAUUAAAAACUUUUGUCUAUCAAGAACAAUUUCGUUUAUCGAAAGCGCAAGAUUUUAUUUCUCUUUGGCAUUUAAAUGACGAGAAAGGAAAUUCCAACGAAAAACAAAUCAUGAAGCUAUUCAAUGAUCUAGCUCAUCUGCAUCGACUCUACAAUAAUUCUUCUCCACUAAUUUUAAACCGAUAUAUGGAAAUGAAACAAAUAAGUCAAGUCGCCUAUCGACAUUUAAUCAAAGAUUUACAACGUUUAUUAGAUCAUGCAUUCAUUGAAAAACAAAUAAUCGAAUGUAUUCGUUCAAUUGAAGCACAAGUCUAUAAAGUUGACUAUAGAAGACGAUUCGAUGAAGUAUUAAUUAAAAAAAUAGAAGCACAUUUAAAACAUAUAUUCAUUAGUCUACCGCAUUCAUUUGAAUAUCAUUGGCGUUUUGAUAUUUGUAAAAAGUUACAUGAAUUCGUUGAUGCUUAUAUCAAUUCAAAUGGAAACGAAAAUUCAUUUGAUGAAUUUUUAAAUACAUUUGAUGUUUAUAUUUCACAAAUUAAAUAUCGCCCAUCGAGAUCUUCAAAAACACGUCAUCACUAUGUUUCAUCCGAUGCAACUGUUCCAAGAAUAUCAUCUUUACAAUCUUUAUAA